GUUGCACGCCACUCUGCUGUCCCCACCGCGAUCACCCAUCCCACCGCUGUCUCCUGCCGUUCCUCCCCCCGCUGUCUCCCGCCGAUAUCUCCCCCCCGCGGUCUCCCGCGGUCCUCCCCCCCCUCGCUGUCUCCCGUCGUCCCCACCCCGCUGUCUCCCGCGACUUUUCUUCCCCGCGCGCGAGGGUGAAGCUUUGAAGCGACGGCCCCUUGAGCGGCGUGGAUCCCAGCAACGCGCGCUGUGUAAUAGUACAGGGUGUGUGUUGGCUGUGUACAGGGCUCUAUACGUGCUGUGUGCAUGCUGUCUGUGCAUGCUGUGCGCGAUGUUUGGGCCGCGCGUGCUGCGUGAGCUGCACGGGGUGUUCGCCGUCUACAAACCAGCUGGGGUGACUUGGCGCCAGGUGCGCUCCACCAUGGAGAACCGGCUCCUGCAGGAGCUCAAUGCUCUGAAGCAGCCAGGUCCCCGGCAACUGGUGAAAGUGGAGACUUUAACCACGGCAACGGAAAGAGGAGAGGAGCGGAGUCUCGCCGUUUCCCUGGUUCCCAGCCUGGCGGAUCACCCACUCGUGAGGGGGCCGCGCUACCAUUCGCUCGGAUUGGCGGUCGGACACGGCCUGGACGCAAGUGCAUCCGGAGUGCUGGUUUUCGCCGUGGGUUCAGGAAGACGGCUGCUGGACGAGCUGAGGAAGUCACCCGUCACGCAGGCCUACACCUUGCACGGCCGUCUGGGCAUCGCCACUGAGGACUUCUCCACCCAGGGCCGGGUCAUCGAGACGGUGACCUACGAGCACGUGACGAGGGAUCUGAUGGAGAGAGCCGUCGCGAUGAUGCACGGCGCUGCCCAGAAGGCUCUGCUCCUGCACUCCGACGUAGACGUGGGGAGCCACGAGGGAUACCUGCGCGCCGUUUCUGGCUGCCUCCUCCCAUCACGGCACAAGAUGCCGGCCCUCAUCACCGCUGUGCGGCUCGCCGACUUCAACCCCCCCGCCUUCACGCUCGAGGUGCAGUGCACGCCCCAGGGCUCCCAGCUGGCGCUGCGCCGCUGCGUCCACGACGUGGGCCGGGAGCUGCGCUGCGCCGGCGCCACCCGCCUGGUGCGCCGCGUGCGCGACGGCCCCCUGGCGCUGGCCCACGUGCUGGCGCCCGCCCGCUGGCACCUGCUGCCCGUGCUGGCGGCCGCGCGAGCCGGCGGCCUGGCGGUGCACGCGGCCCUGGGCACAGCGGUGAAGCGGGAGGAGGAGGAGGAGGAGGAGGGGGAGGAGGACUUCCGGAGAGAGUGAUGCCGAUUUGAGACAACUAAAACGAAGUACUAUUUAUAUAUAUAUUUUUUAUCCAGUAAGGUCCCAUUGAGCUAAUGUAGCUCUUUUUCAGCAGUGACCUGGCUGUCACAAAUGAUAAAUCAGCAAAGUGGCUUA